AUGCAUAAAACGAAUUCGGGUUUUUACGUUAUAGAUGUUUUACCGCUUCAUCAUGCUAGUAAGCGUCCUUUUCAUCUUGAAAGAAGGAUGAAAUCUAAAAAAUCAACUACUCACGUUCACGGACAUGGGCAUAAAAAAUUACCUCAGUGUGCCCCAGACUAUGCUCGUAUUAAAAGAGAAGCUUUACUUGAGCAAAGACGUCUUAAAUUAGCUCGCCAGAUCUUACAUGUUAAGGAAGUUUUAAUUAAACAGCAUGAGCGUGCUCUUAACGACUCUUUUACAAAGCGAUCUCAAAUUCAGCAGACUUUACAAGUUGCUGAGAAAAAUAGAAAUACUAUUUUGCAACGGUUGGUUGAGCAAUGUGCUCAAGAAGUUGCUAGAUGUAAAGAAGUCGCUCGCCAACAACAGUUAAAGAAUCAAGAAGAAAUCGAUCGACGCCGCGCUGAUCUAGAACGUCGCCAGAAAGCAACUGCCGCUCGCCGUGCGAGACUUCUUUCUGUUUCUAAAUCACAAAUUCAAGUUAAUGGUUCUUCUCAUUAUACUCGUGAGGAAGCUGCUACUAUCAUUCAAAAUAAUUGGCGUUACAAACAUCUUAUUGGUGUUAUAAAAACUUACC